UGCUGAAUUUCUGCUGAAUGUUUUAUUUUAUGCAACCAGCAAGCUCUUCCAUCAGCUGGAAGCCUUCAUGGCAUUCGCUGCUUGUAUCCUUACCCGACCCGGGCAUUCGGCAAACAUUCCUCCGGCAGGCUGUCAUGUUUCUCCAUGCCCCGUUCGGCAGACGCUCACACAUUCCUUCCUCUGGCCAAACUGCUUCCAGCUUCCUGCCAGUCUGAAAUAGCUCUGCUUUGUGGAAUUUCUGCUGUGACACAUUUUUAUUUUUUUUUUUUUUUCCUGAUGUCCCCAAGACCCAUCAAGGAGAGUCUGGCCAGGCAGGACCCACCAGGUGGUGCUCUGCUGAUAGCCGUAGAUGAUAAUUGCAAUUUGCAGCAUUUCACCUCUUUUAUGGGCAUUCCCACCUGGUACAGGAGAAUUAGGACACUGUGGUCUAGCGUGCAAAACCUGCUGCUGCUUACUGCUCCUGCUGGCUUCCCUGGGAAGAAGAGCCAAGCUCUGUUUCAGCGGCAUCCUGGGUGUAAGUCAUAGAAAUGUGGAACGGGUUGGAAGGGACCUUAAAAUUGCCUUGUUCUGCUUCCCCAGCCACAGGCAGGGACCCCUCCCACCAGCCCAGGGUGCUCCCAGCCCCGUCCGGCCUGGCCCUGGGCACUGCCAGGGAUGGGUCACACACAGUUGCUCUGGGCAGCCUGUCCCACCACCUCACUGCCCUCAAGCAAAGAAUUUCUUCCUAAUAUCUUGUCUAGAUCUACCCUCUCUCAGUUUAAAGCCAUUCCUCCUUGUCCUGUCACUACACACCCUCGUAAAGAGUCCCUCUCCCGCUUUCUUUUAGACCUCUGCUAGGUAUGAGAAGGCAAUUAUCCUGACAUCUUGAUAUUCUUUAUAUCACACCAAGAAACAACUGUUGUCUCUCUAAUUUAUUUUUCCCCCCCCCUUCUUUAACACCACGAUUGAUGCUGGGGGACUGCCCUGUGGGAAGCUUUGCCAACUGAUGAGAAUGCAUCGCUCUGCCGAUAUGGUAUAGUCUGCUCUGGGUGGGAUCAUCCCAGAAGCCUGCUAUGCCGGGAAUGGGGCUGUUCUUGUGCUGGGCUGAACCCUCGGUUCUGGCCCAGAGCACUUCACGUGGAGUUUGUGAAACGGAGCGUAAGGGAGGCUUUGUGCUGAAGACCUGACAGUCUCUUGUGGAGCUUCUCUGGUAUUGUCAGUUCAUUCAGUGAAGAGCUGUGACCAUGCUUAAAUUAUUCAGGGCUGCAUUACGCUUCCAAACUAGCUUCCUUGCUGCUUCCAGCAUGUUGUAAUUUCCUUUUGUGUCGAUGCCCACUUCAGUGCAAUAUCCCUUUCUGUUAAAAGAUGGCAUCAGAGCGUGGGGGAGCUCCGCAUGUCAGUGCCAGAGCAGCUGGGGCUGAGAAUCUGUGCCGCUUUUCCUGUGGUUGGGGUUGAGAAAACGGAGUUGUGCUCCGAGCGGGAAGCAAGCGUUACUUGGUGUGGGGAAACUGUCUUCAGGAAGCGAUGAAAAGCCUGGGAACAGGGAGAAGUCUGAUGACAGACGUGUUCUUGUAGGGUUUGGUUUGCUGGAAAUUUACGCUGCUGGAAAUGUAUCCGGAGAUGUGGAUUAAGCACUUGAACUUUCCAAAAUAAUUAGUAGAAUUAAUUUGAGAAUUGAUGUGAAACCAGGCAGGACUAACCUAGAAGAGUAUGCUAUAGGCAGCAGUCCUGUGCUAGGGAAGGGGUUCUUAGAAAGUCCUUUACAAAUAUGAAUAUACUGAAAAAAAUGGGGAUAUUCCUUCGAAAGGUUGCCUUUAGGAAUACCUACUCUUCUUUCUGUGCCUAUCGACUUCCUAGUGAGUUGUCUGAAAAACCCAUUGAACGUAGAUUUAAAUACCCAAGGUCAAAGCUGGUGAGAAAAUAAAUUUCCAUUCUUUGGGAAAUGCUGACACUUCAGAAUGUGCUGCUGUCCAAAAUCGGGUCAGAAGACUAAAUUUCAAGGUCUGCUCUGUAAUAGAGGUUUGAAAGUCACUGUUGUCUUGUUAUUUUCCUGAUUACGGAAAAUGGAAGCGAACAGAAUUGUUAUGAUGCAUUAAAAUCCUAUGAAAUGAAAAAUGAAAAGAAGGACAGUUUUAAAAACACAGCCCCCCUCUAGCUGAAAAGAUUGCAAAGUUUACAGUUGCCUCGAAAUAACGUCUAAUUAGUGGAGCUGCUUCUUGAUAGAGGAGCUAUUUCAGCUAGCUCAGACCACUGUUACUGUUUCACUGCAAGCUGUUUCCACCACAGAUGCUCUGAAUUUUCUGACACGGCAGAGGUUGGGAUUUUUGUUUGGUGUGUUGGUUUUUAAUGAAGAAUUGUUUUUACUCUCUGGUUACUCCUCAGGACUCCGUCAAGGAGUAUGGGGUAACUGUUGCUGCAGUCCUAGCUGGUUGGUACGUUACGUGGCUCGGUUUGUGCUGCUGUAGUUACAAGCUGUAAGAAUAUCCAGCAGCUAGAAAAGCAGUUGCUGGAUGCUGAAAGGUUAAGGUGGGUGAUAGCUUGAAUAGCUGGGGAGAUGCAAACUCCACAGCCUACACAAAAGGGGUGUAAGUUUGAAGAUGCUGUGCUAUAAGACCCUGCGCCCCUCUGUCUUUGUAGGGUGCUUAGCGCUGUGAGGCUCUGAAUCAAACCGGGGUGCUUAAAAACUGCAAUCACACGGUAUUAAUUAACAUGGGUAUUGAUGCGAUUCUUAGUAUUUGUUCUCAGAGAAAGCUUUCCUGUUCCUAAUCCAUCUCCUUCCCUGCAACUCUGGCCAGAUUUUCCCCCCUAUUUCUUUUUUUUCUGUUCGCAGUCCUUCUGCUCAGAUUACAAGACAAGCCCAUGAUAUCACCGCUGUGAGCUGAGGCUAAAGGGGGCUGGGUCUUGGGAGGGGUUUGCUUGACUAACUAGUGAAAUUUGCCAGGAAGCAGCAGCUUCUUGCAGCAUAUUUCUCGGGCUGCAGGAUAUUUUCCGGCGCAGAGGGGACCACUCGGACAGCGCGCUCAGUCCAGAAGAAAGAACUUCAUGAGGCACAAGGAGACAGAGGUCACCCCCAGCACAGCCUACCACUAACUCCAAGGACAGCCACACAGCACCUACCUGCACUGACUGGCAGCUGCUAGCAGAGGAUUUGGCUCUGAGAGCUGUGAGCACUGAAAAUGGAAAGAUUCCUGGGUUUUACCCAUAACCACUGUUUCAUCAUGCUGUUCUUCAUCUCCCUGAGCCCGCUGGGCUUUGCCCAGUAUGAACACUGGCCCUACCUCCCCGGUUACCCUGAGCCACCCCCACAAGUGUACCAGCCCCCACAGAGACCAGCAAAUGUUCCCAAGAUCCAGCUGCGGCUCGCAGGGCAGAAGAGAAAACACAACGAAGGCAGAGUGGAGGUGUUUUACAGUGGCGAGUGGGGCACAGUGUGCGACGAUGACUUCUCCAUCCAUGCUGCGCACGUGGUCUGCAGGGAGCUGGGCUACGUGGAGGCAGUGUCUUGGCUACCCAGCUCCAAGUAUGGAAAAGGAGAAGGGAAAAUUUGGAUGGACAAUGUCCACUGUAAUGGCAAGGAGACCACCCUGGCAGCAUGCACUUCAAAUGGCUGGGGAGUAACUGACUGCAAACACACCGAAGACGUGGGAGUGGUCUGCAGUGAAAAGAGAAUCCCUGGCUUCAAGUUUGACAACUCAUUGCUUAACCAAAUAGAGAACAUGAACAUCCAGGUGGAAGAUAUAAGGGUCCGUGCCAUCCUCGCCACCUACCGCAAGCGGGUGCCUGUCACAGAGGGUUACGUGGAGGUGAAAGACGAAGGGACCUGGAAGCAGAUCUGCGACAAGCACUGGACCAUGAAAAAUUCCCGAGUUGUCUGCGGCAUGUUUGGAUUUCCAAGCGAGAGGAAAUACAACACCAACGUCUACAAGAUGUUUGCCAGCAGAAGGAAGCAGCAUUACUGGGCUUACUCAAUGGACUGCAAUGGGAAUGAGGCUCAUAUCUCCAGCUGCAAACUGGGCAAUCACCUCAAUGUGGACGCAGAGAAGAACGCAACGUGUGAGAAUGGGAUGCCGGCGGUAGUCAGCUGCGUCCCCGGCCGUGCCUUUGCUCCCAGCAGCCACAGUGGCUUCCGAAAAGCCUUCAGGCAGGAGCAACCACUGGUGAGGCUGAAAGGGGGAGCCAACACUGGCGAAGGACGAGUUGAAGUGCUGAAAAACGGGGAGUGGGGAACAGUUUGCGAUGAUAACUGGAACCUGGUGUCAGCCAGCGUGGUGUGCCGAGAGCUGGGCUUCGGGAGCGCCAAGGAAGCAAUAACGGGCGCAAGACUAGGGCAAGGCAUGGGUCCAAUUCAUCUAAACGAAAUUGACUGUACGGGCUUUGAAAAAUCAGUCACGGACUGCAAGUUCAACAUGGAGUCGCAGGGCUGUAACCACGAAGAAGAUGCUGCUGUGAGAUGUAAUGUUCCAGCGAUGGGUUUCCAGAAUCAGCUGCGUCUGAGCGGCGGCCGCAACCCUUACGAGGGCCGGGUGGAGGUCCUGAUGGAGCGCAACGGCACUCUCAAAUGGGGCACCGUCUGCAGCGAGAACUGGAGCACCGUGGAGGCCAUGGUGGUGUGCCGGCAGCUGGGCCUGGGGUUCGCCAGCCAUGCCUUCCAGGAAACCUGGUACUGGCACGGAGACAUCAGCGCUGACAACGUAGUCAUGAGCGGCAUCAAGUGUUCGGGGACAGAGAUGUCCCUGGCCCACUGUCGUCACGAUGGAGCCGAUGUCUCCUGUCCCAGAGGAGGUGGUCGUUUUGGUGCUGGUGUAUCCUGCUCGGAGACUGCCCCCGACCUGGUGCUCAACGCCGAGCUGGUGGAGCAGACUGCCUACCUGGAGGACCGCCCCAUGUUCAUGCUGCAGUGCGCGCUGGAGGAGAACUGCCUGGCCAGCUCGGCCGUCAACACCUCCAUCACCUCUGGGUACCGGCGCCUGCUGCGCUUCUCCUCCCAGAUCCACAACAACGGGCAGUCCGACUUCCGCCCCAAGAACGGCCGCCACGCCUGGGUCUGGCACGACUGUCACCGGCAUUACCACAGCAUGGAGGUUUUUACCCACUACGACCUCUUGAACCUCAAUGGAACCAAGGUGGCUGAAGGACACAAAGCCAGCUUCUGCCUGGAAGACACCGAGUGCGAAGCAGAUGUGCAAAAACAGUACGAAUGUGCCAAUUUUGGUGAACAAGGGAUCACGGUCGGAUGCUGGGACGUGUACCGUCAUGACAUCGACUGCCAGUGGAUCGACAUUACUGAUGUCCCACCGGGCGAUUACCUCUUCCAGGUUGUCAUCAACCCCAACUACGAAGUCGCUGAAUCAGAUUAUUCAAAUAACGUGAUGAAAUGCAGGAGCCGCUACGAUGGGCAGCGCAUCUGGAUGUACAACUGCCACAUAGGUGGCUCCUUCAGCGAUGAGACGGAACAGAAGUUUGAACACUUCAGCGGACUCACAAAUAACAAGGUGUCCACCCGAUAGAACAGCAUCGCCUCCCACCCCACUAUUUAAAGAAGCGAGGUUUCCUGCUUCGGUGAUUUCCCUAACCACUGCACACAAAAAAAGAAAAUCAAGCAAACAAUCAAACUCUAAAUUAGCAAGGUAAAUUAUUUUCUAAAGAUGCCUUCCUUCCCGGUUUAGGUGCUCAGACCACCCCGUGUCUGUUGUAACUCCGUUCCCUACUGCUGCGGUAGUUAGGAGCAGGCUCUUUAAAACUCUGCUUGGCUCCGUAUCUUCACUAUUCCAACCUUCUCCACCAAGAUUUCUCCCUCCACUUUGCAGCACCAUCUUUAUUCACAGACGUAGGUCCAGGCUGCAGCAAGCACAAUCUGCCUUUGGGUACCAACAACCUAAAAAUGUGUCUCUACCAUUCACUUUCAAGGCAUUCAUUUUGGUAUCGUUAAGCUCUUUUGACUCAAGCUUGAACGCACCAUUGAUGCAAAUGCCUCCGUUUGUGACGCUGCUUCUCGAGCCCAGCUAAUCCUCAGUACUGCCAUGUCAUUACUCCAUUUUAGUAAAGAAAUACAGGAAAGGGGGGGGAAAAAAAAGUUGGAGCGGCUUUUUCUGAGCAGAACAGUAUAAAGCAUAAUUUAAUACUGCAGUGAAACUCUUGUACUCAACAAUCAAUUCCAACACAAUCCUUGAAGUGGAGCAGCUAAUGCAGAACAGUUUUCCACGCGUGCAUCAGGGCUCCGUGAAGCUACACCUCCCUUGUAACAUCUCGAAGACUUCACAGAUCUCCUGAGGAGUCGUCCCCUGGGCUGUGAAUUUCCAUUAGGCAGUAAGCUAUUGACCCAAGAGGUUCUACAUACAUCAGAAUAUUAACCUUCUAAGCUGGAUAUUCACUCUGUCUUGUCUUUAAGGGAUGAAUUUAGUUAAGGCAUUGUAUCCUCACUGUACCCGACAGAGGUAACUCCAUGGCUUUCAUCAUCAGGGAUCUGGACCGGUGCUGUCACAGACCCACCUGUGUAAGUUGUCUUGAAAAGGAUUUUGACACUUGGUAGCUUCAUAAUGGUGCUAAGUGUGUUCCUCUGUUUGUUUGAGGACACACGUUGCUACAGAUUUUUCAGACACAGCUACUUGAAUAAAAGUGUUUUACCCAGAAAAAUGUUUUAUAUGCCAUUUGUGUAUUUCUAUUCCAUGAAAAGUUUAGGGCCUUGUUCACAAUUCCUGGUACUGAAGCUUUUCCUCCCUCUGUGGUUGUACAGAAGACUUCUACCUGCAGCUUAAGUUAACAGAACGCUUUUAGCUGACAGUUUCAAUCCACAGGGGGAUGGAAAGUGGCUGCAUCCAAGUUGUGCUAUCCAUAACCUACCUCACAGGGAUGUUGUGAGGCUUAAAGAAUGCAGAAGUCUAUUGCUAAUGCCUGGCAGAGUAUUUCUGUCACUUACCCAGUGGCCCAGAUGGUGGCAUCUACCAAAGGUUUUUAGCCUACUGUAAGUUGGAAAACUCCAUUUUGUUCUCAAGGUGCCAGGCUGUGUAGCAAAAGCAGAGUCUGAGAUGUGCUGGGUGCUCACUGGCUGCUGCCACGACACCGUGUCUUGCAGCAUCUCUUCACACCAGGCUCUGGGCAAAUCACAACUGGCAAGUUCUGGUUUUUCUUUCCCUAAUCGGGGUGUGACAACUUUCCCUGCUAACAAAGCAAUUAACAAAGCAAGUCAGGCUCUUUAAACACUGUGUAAAUAAGGAAAAACCCUGAAACUCACUUGCAUUCAAUGCUUGUCAGUUUUGUGGGGUAUUUUAACAAUAACAUUACAACCAAGUAAACAUUGAACAGAUUUUUUUGACUCCUGCAGAUGCUCUGCUCUUGCUUACAGCUGAAUUUUGGCCAACAAGAUACAAUUCCCUUACUCUAGUGCUUUUGUUGUUGUUUCUUAAACUGUAGAGCAGGCUUUUCUAUAAGCAGCCUUACUCUCGUGUGAGUGCCCCAGUGCGUAACAGACACUUUGAAACACAGUAGGGCGAGAUGCUCUCCACAAUGAAAAGCUAACAGCCCUCACAGGGCUUGGCUCUUGAGCUCAGGAUCUCAGUAAUAGUAAACUUCUCCCCCUUCCCAACUUCAGAAAAAAAAGAUUCUGCUAAUCCGUAAGAGAACAUCCCCGUGGCGACUCACUUUUCUGCAUGCAGUUUAAUAUGUCACAGCCAUGCUCAUCUAUACAUCUUUUUUUUUUAGCCGAAACUGUUUAUUCCUCCUGGUCCAAGCCUUCUGGCAGGAGCAUUUCGGUGCCCGAGACGUCCUGCUGCUUGUUCUUCAAACCCAGAGCCCGGGUCACCAGCCUCUUCGCCACGGCAGUGUCAGUCUGGGGUCUCUCUUUUGCAAGGUGAAGGAGCUCUAGGUAAAAAUGGGUGAAAAUCAUUAAGUUAGUGCUUGUUCCGGAACAGUCUCGUGGCUAAGCCGUAGGACUGGCCGACGGAAAGGCUGAUUUCUAUUUCCUUAGUUUCAGAAUUAGCCCAGGAGCCUGAGCAAACCAUUCUAUCCCUAUCCAGUAAAUUGCCUUUUCUUUUCGAAAAACGUGCCUCUAGAUUUGUACUUCUGAUUUUUCCAUGACAGUUCAUGAGCUAUUUGUCUAUGAUUAAGCUCCAGCCCUCCUCUGCAGCGGCAGAGAGAACUGUUCCCCGUUCGCUUCCAGGAACAGCUUCCUCAUCCUUCCUGGCAUAACUCAGCAAGUCACAUCCCUGAGAACAAAAUGAAGGCAUGCGGUCCAACCGAUCUAUCCGUGCACAGGGAAGUUUGAUCUCAAUUUAGAUUAAUCCCAACCAGCAGUCUUACACCCUUCAAAAACAGCAAGGAAUAAAAAAACGCUGCAUUUUUGAAAAAUCAGCUAAAUACAUCAGAUGCUUUGGGAAAGUCUUUGGCCAGUAACCUCCGUUUUCUGGUGGACACCUGGCUUGCUACAGUUUCAUCUUACAAGAACCGAAUACACCCAAACUUUACCAAAUCCACAGCGGUCUGGAUUUGGCAAGUACCUAAUCAUUUAUCAGCAACUGUUUGCAAUUUUAUUAUCCAGUUAGCAAUGGGGGCUUUGCUUGCUUUUUCAAAAAUGUUAUUAAUAAAGGCAGCCCAUCAGCAGCUUAAAGAAAAAGGGGCAGACUCAAACUAUCCGCAGCUUAGAAAACAAAACUGCCACUCUUUCUUGAUGAAGCUACAAAAAAAAAAAAAAAAAAAAAAAAGAAGAGACACUGUCACCUAAUUAAGAUCCAAAUUUGUGUUUGGGAAAAAAAAAAAUAUUGCAACUUGAACCAAAUACAAGCGGAGUUUAUAUAUAAUGUUCCCCAGAAGGAGCUGAUAACCUGAUUCAGAAGCGUGCCGAUCGGCUACGGCAACAGGAAUCGGGGAGAGUGCAAAAAGAAAUCCACUUCUCUGACGUUUCAUUUCAAUCCAGCAGUCUUAAAAACUCAGGAACUUCCGUGACAGUGUCCCUUUAAAGCGUUAAUACUGAAAUUUGUUCCAGCCGCAGCGUGCUGUGGAAAUACCAGUACGGUUGUACCUUCAGCAAAGUCUCUACUGCUACACAAUUCAUGGCAUUUCUUUAUUGUGGCAAGUAUAACUGAUUACAGUAUGAUUUUAAAAGGCAAUACAAUAAAUAAAACUGUUAAUGGCUAAGCUUAAUUUUUUUUUCCUUCACCUAAUACUGAAUAAAAUUACGCCAACCACCAAAUGUAA